AUGGAGGGCUGGCAUUAUAUGAAGGGUCAUCACCCUGGUUGCCUUUGGGACACACGGCGUGAGGAAGGCGCUGCUGGUCUCAGGGCAUGCUUUUGCGAUGGCCGUCUUGCAAUCGAAGCCUUCGGGCCAUCCGAAUCCUCCAGAUCCGCUCCGGUUCGCGUCGUUGUCGCUGAUGACCAAGUGCCCCUGUCCAAAUGGGUACAUCUCGCUGUGCAGCGCAGCGGCCCCGAUCUGGAAUUCUUCGUGGAUGGGAACCCGGGCGGCAAGGUGAAGGUUCCGGAGGAGCUCACAGAGGAGCUUCUUCCCCAAUCCAGAAUGCGACUCGGUGGCUCUGUGGACGAGGACCCGGAGCGCAAGUACCGGGGCAUGUCAAGCAAUGUUCGGCUCACUACCAACGCGGUCUACACCUCCGGGCAUGUCUUCCAGCCAGACCCGAACCUCGAUCAGCUGAUGAAGACGCGGUUCCUCUUGAAGGACCACUUUGUGGACAUGGUGACCAAGCGGCAAAUGAGCAAGAGCGGCAGGGUCACCACGAAGUAUGACCCCGACGUCCUCAUGGAAGGCUGGAGAGCAGAAGGCUUCUUGGAUGAUGACCGCAACGUCACACCCCUUGCAAACAAGUCGAAGUUGAAAGUGCUUCGGCGGCUUUUUCCAUUUGAUGACCCAAUCUAUGACACGGAGUUCAAGGGAGCCUUUUGUGCCCGGGUCAUCUUGCAGAUCAUCAAGGAGGUCUUCACCAUCCAGGACAAGUUGAUGGAUGCGGUCCCCAUGUGCGACCCCACCGCCACAAGCCCCCAGUGCUACAAGGCGGCAUCGUGGGUGGUCCGGGGUGCCGCCAGCAUGGCGAGGUAUUGCGCUGAGCUGCAGCCGAGAUGUGAGAAAACCGACUCCGAGGAAUUCCGUGGGGAUUUCCGGUGCAGCGAGCGGCUGGAGGGCCUCGCCUGGUCCUUGGACAGUUUCUCCUCGUCCAUCUCGAAGGCUCAGCGCAUCUGCCAGGAUGAUAACCUCAAGAGCCCCUUGCUGGACCUCGGAGCUUGCGUAGGAGAGGCCAUGUCAGCCACGGGCUACAUGUUUGCCAGCGCCCUUCUCUUGGAAUCAGCUCUAGGUUUUGACUGCCCGGGAAAUACCAACGAUGACAAUGACGACAAUGACAAUGGCAACGGGUUUCAGUUUGUCCCAGAGUCGCAGCGCCUCACCUGUGCAAGAGACUCAACGGCCAUUUUUCGCACCACCUUCCUUGCAGGAUCCAAGGCUGUCAGGGCCGCAGGCCACUGCGGAGGCACCGACACGUUGUGCGGCCGGAGCAUCCUGCGGAGUGCUGCUGCGCUUUCUGGCGUCGCGGAGAAUGGCGUCUUCCUGCGCGUCUGGUGUCAUGAAAAGACGAAAUGCUGCCAACUGAAUCCCGACACCCUGAAAGUGGAGUGCGAGUGCUCGAAGAAGGAUCUCAUCGAGCUCGCACGCAAGGAUGCCAAUGACCAGAAGCAGUGUGCCAGGUUUGGGGGAUCCACCGUGAAGCUCAUCGGUUCAGCAGCUCUAGCGGCUACGGAAGCAGAAGCCCAGUGCAAGUUUUCCAGGUCUUCGGAGAGUUCUUGUCAAACCAUGGUGCCCGCGGCCGUCGCUGGCUUGGGCUUCUUCAUUGAGAACACAGCUCGCAUAACCCGCGAUUGCCCCCCAAAGCCAACACCGCUCGACCCCGAGGAGAUUAAGAAAAACGUGAUCCUGGGCCCGGCAAGGCCCCAACAGUGGUAUCAGUGUGGCCAGAACACGAAGCGUCUUGGUGUGUCCUCAGAUGUGAUUGCCCGGGGCAUCGCGGGCGCCGUGGUAAACUGCCCUUUCGGCGACCUUCUCAGAGUCACCAGCCCGGUCAAGUCACCGAGGCGAUUCUUCACCCCCUGA